CAGUCCUACCUUCAAGUCGAAUAAGUUACGAUAAACAUAUAUUAAGACACGAUGAAAUAUUUUAUGAGGAAACACAUAGUAGAAGAGAGUGGACGCCAUGGAAAACACUCUAACUAUACUCCACAAUGCCACCAUCGUCACCAUGGACUCCGGCGACAGAGUCUUCAUCAACGGUGGCAUCGUCAUCCAACAUCACACUAUCAUCGCCCUUGGUCAAUCUUCCUCCAUUCUUCAUCAAUACUCUUCUCUCGCUCAUCAAAUUAUAGAUCUAAACGCUCACAUCUUACUCCCUGGACUAAUCAACACCCACGUCCACACUUCUCAGCAGCUAGCGAGAGGGAUAGCCGAUGAUGUUGACUUAAUGACAUGGUUACACAGCCGGAUAUGGCCGUACGAGUCGAACAUGACCGAGGAAGAUUCGUAUAUAUCUACUUUAUUAUGUUGCAUAGAGCUUAUUCACUCUGGGGUAACUUGCUUUGCCGAGGCUGGUGGGCAGCAUGUUUCUGGGAUGGCCAGGGCUGUGGAGUUAAUGGGUCUGCGCGCAUGUCUAGCUCAGUCAUCUAUGGAUGCUGGGGACGGGUUGCCACCGUCAUGGGCCACUCAAACUACUGAUGAAUGUAUUCAGGCACAGAAAGAGCUUUAUGCAAAGCACCAUAACACUGCCGAUGGGCGUAUCAGAGUGUGGUUUGGUAUUAGGCAGAUUAUGAACUCCACUGAUCGUUUAUUACUUGAAACGAGAGACGCUGCAAAAGAACUCAAAACUGGAAUCCACAUGCAUGUUGCAGAGAUAGCAUUUGAGAACCAAGUUGUGGUUGAGAAAAGAAAAGCUAAUCAUGGAACAGUAAGUUAUUUGGAAAAGAUAGGGCUUCUGCAAAAUAAUUUGCUAGCUGCUCACACAGUUUGGGUCAACAAUGAGGAGAUUGAGUUUCUUUCAAAGAGUGGAGUCAAAGUGUCUCACUGCCCUGCUUCAGCAAUGAGAAUGCUUGGAUUUGCACCUGUUAAAGAAAUGCUUGAUGCUGGCAUAUGUGUCUCCUUGGGAACAGAUGGGGCACCCUCAAACAAUAGAAUGAGCAUUGUUGAUGAAAUGUACCUUGCUUCCUUGAUUAAUAAAGGAAGGGAAGUAUUUGCAAAAGGGACAACUGAUCCCACUGCCCUUCCUGCUGAAACCAUUCUUAAAAUGGCAACAAUUAAUGGUGCUAAAUCUGUUCUUUGGGAUGAUGAAAUAGGAUCACUUGAAGUUGGGAAAAAGGCUGACAUGGUUGUAGUGAAUCCUUCUCUCUGGUCCAUGGUUCCUAUUCAUGACUGCAUCUCUAGCCUUGUGUAUUGCAUGAGAAGUGAAAAUGUAGAAUCUGUAAUGUGCAAUGGGCAGUGGAUAAUGAAGGAUAAGAAGAUUUUGAAUAUGAAUGAGGAAGAGAUUAUUUCAAUGGCAAAACAUGCUUCUCCGGAGCUUUUGAAAAGGGCUGGCAUUAAAAUUCCUAACAGAAUGAAUAUGCUCUGACUGCCUAAACCUUUGUUACUCAUGUCCAAACAAAUGAAGAAAAUUAUGUAAUUUAUGAAAUGUAUUUUGAUAAAUAUUUAUAAACUAUCUUAUGUUAUUUUGCAAAAAUAAAUUAAUAAAUGUGUCUUAUACUAUUUUGUUAAGUAUUCUAAAA